AUGGCUCGGCAUACUAUACUAAGAACAACUCUUGUCGAGCUCGGUAAAACUCUUUGCCUCGAGGAAUAUGCCUUGUGGAUGCCUUCACAGAGUGGUUUAUAUUUGCAGCUUUCUCAUACUUUGAGCCACAAAAUACAAGUUGGGAGCAGUGUGCCGAUAAAUCUGCCUAUAAUUAACGAACUCUUCAAUAGCGCGCAAGCAAUGCACAUACCUCAUACAUGUCCAUUGGCUAAGAUUGGGCCUCCAGUUGGGAGAUUUAUGCCUCCCGAGGUUGUUUCUGUCCGUGUACCUCUUCUACAGCUCUCAAUGUUUCGCUUCUUCUUCCUAGAGUUUUCGUCUUUCUUCCUUCUCGACUCGAUUCUUGCUAGUGAUCUUAGAGCGCGAUACAAUUUUGAAGAACAAGGAAGGAAGAACAAUAAUAAAUGUGGGCGUUAA